AUGGAAUUGCAGCAUGAAGGAUACUCAGAUGCUGAAGCUGCAAGCCGUUUCCUAAGUGAGCUGAAGCAAAAUUGUAAAGGAAGUCUCAAGUUGGGUGAUCUCGAUGAAACAUCACAAGAGGCGCGGAAGUCGAUUAGAAAAGUCGACAUGAUGGCCGAGGCCGAAGACUACCGGCCGCAAGACAAUUCGGGUGCCACCAUUGGAAACUCAGUACAGCAGACUUCUUGGUUGCUUUGGGAUAUCUUUGAGAAGGCGAGCGUAGUCCUAGCCGCGUUAGGGGCUGACCUGCGUAUGAAAGACGAGGCAAUGUCAUUGUAG